AAUAGCUCUGACUUUUAUUUACAGCGUUUUGUAGCCGAAUAUUUGAAAUCUGGUCACAACUCAUAACGUUAGCCAGCUAACGUUAUGGGAUAACGCUAGCUAACGUUCGCUAACAAACGUUACACAAAUGUCCCCGUGAAACUCAAAUUCUGCAUGAGCUCUGUCAUUUAACACAAUGGAUAAUAUGCUCAAAGUAGCCCAGCCACGCAAGCCCUCAUAUGUCCACGAGAAGAUCACAAACAUUUGGAGAGACCAUGCCUUCAACAAGAUCUGGAGAACGCACCCCAUUGAAGUGUGUCCAGAAUGAAAUGCGCCAUGUCUCAACCCCAUCUUCUAGACUCAAAUCUAGAUCAGGGUCGGGCAGCAAUAUCCUCAAAACACCCAAGAAUGAUGCUGUGUUCAUCUACACAGACCCGUUAACACAUUGCCCUCCACCAGCUGAGGUCCUAUGCUCUCCUAGUGUUCCAAAGCCCAGUGAUAAAACUACUACCAGCGAUACAGCUCCUACCACUGAGGACACAGCUGUUGAUACAAGCAGUGGACUUGGAGACAUUACCUUCAAGUCCUUCAUCUGUGCUGGGGGUGAGGUUGAGGUUUCAGAGCCCUCAAGGAUUGCAGACGAAACCAUCCGGCUACCCAAGAAUCAACUGAACAUCUCUUCUCUUCCUGGCUAUGACGAUGAAAACACAUGUCUCUCUGACAGUAUGGUUACUCAAUGCUGCGACAACCAUGUGGAUCACGUCUAUUGUGAUUUGGAAAGAGAUUUGGCCACAACUAAAGCUGACCUGUCCUUUAAUGGGGGUUCAAACGCCAGUCUUAGUGUUCCACAGUUCACCGAUAUAGCCCACAUCACUGAGACUGUUACUGGCGGACAGGGAGAUGUAACGUUUAAGUCUUUCAUCUGCACCGGAGGGGAGGUGGAAGUUUCAGAGGCUUCCAGGGUGGCACUUGAGACUAUACUCCUACCAACGGAUCAGCCUGCAAACCACCAUCAGCCAUACAACGACAGUAUAUAUCAAAGUGUUAUAGUAGAUGAGUUGGACAUGCAGUCCAUCGAUGACCACGCAGAUCACCUCUAUUGUAAUGUGGCCUCUAGUGCACACCUUUCCUUCAAAGAACCUACACAUUGUAGUACUAUGAAAUCCAUAGAGAUGGUACAUACCAAUGAAGAGUCAACUGGUGUUCAAAAUGCCACUGGCGGACAAGGACAUGUGACAGUCAAAUCCUUCAUCUGCACUGGGCUUGAGGUUGAAGUCUCAGAGUCCACCAGAGUGUCCAAAGACACUAUCCUCCUACCUGAGAAUCAGACUGUGACAAGUCAUCUACCGUACAACGACAGGGUCAACCCAAGCAUCAUAGAGGAGCAGUCCUCCGAUCAUGCAAAACACCCUUACAGCCAUGUGGAAAGUGAAGGUGGCGUGUGGAAAGCGGAUGCCGCUGCCAUCAGUGAACCCUCAAUGGGAAAUGCAUCCUUAAGGUCAUUGAAGGACCUGGAUGAUGUCGCCUGUCAGCUUUUCCCUGAAGGCCCCAAACAGGGUUAUUCUCAUGAAGACAGCGCCGUGGUUCCAGCUAUACAGUUGGAAACUGACCGCUCCCAUUGCAAUGAGUUUGGAGCCUCGGCCAGGAGCUCCACACCUGUAGAUGAGGACAACCCAUCGAUAGCCUCUCACUCCCAUUCUCAUGGUUCAAUGCAGGAGUCCAGUGGGGCCACAGACAGCGCGCUGGGUUCAAGCAGUAACGCUCCUCUUCUCUCCAACACUACAGACAAAGCGAGCUCUGAGAACAUUGCUCACAUGUUGACUGCGCUACCCAAGAUCCCCUCUGUAGCGACGUGGGCCGGCGGUGGUGAUGCUUUACAGUUUGAGAUCUUCAGCCCCGUUCUUAGCACUACCCCCAUGACCAGAAGAAGGGGCAUUCAGAAAUCGUCUUUCGCCCAAAUGGAGGAAUCCGCUCUGGAAAACGGUAGAGGUUGUGUCCUCAACUCUGCUGAGGGUAGCUCCGUUGUCCCCGCCAACCCAGACAGCCGACUCUGGGGGGCCGUCCUGGAGAGCCCCAUGCCUCUGCCCAAGUUCAACUCGACGGCAGUGGGUGCCGCAUCGACCUGCAAGCCCCCUCCUCCUCCAGACCCAGUCACAGAGACUGUGGAGACGAGGCCAGAAGUGGAUGUACCUCAUGUAAAAUCCCAACCCAAGGUGGAGAAAGUAAAGAUGGGUCUUUUUGAUCAUUUACCAAGGUUGGUUUGUGAGGAGCCCUUUCAGCAGCAACUCAUCCAGAUGGCCCAAUUUCUCAUCCUGGCAUCGGGCAAGAUGGACCCUGUUAGCAACCCUGCCCUAGCCCCUACACCCGCUCCCGCCCCUCCUGUAGUGGAUACUACAGCGGGGACCGUGGCUGUGGAGUGCCACAGCAUGUGUGUUGGCACCACUCCAGUGAGGCGGGCAGAACGCAGUGCCAACACCUCUGGUCAGUUUGAGAGGAAGAGGGAGUUCUCUGUGUCUGACGCCUGCACCAGCACCGAGACUCUGCUCUGGAAUCUGGCCCCUGGGAGCCUGUGUGGGGUCCCCAGACAGGAGCUGGAGCAGAGGCUGACCUCCACUCUCAUCAUGGUGGAGGCCCUGGUGCAGCAGCUGUGCACAGCCAGGGGACAGGGCCACUCUAGGGGCCCCGGGCCCUCAGAAUUCAGAGACAAGCUGGUCCAGACCGACCACACUGAACUCAGCCAGACGGUAACCUACAAAGACCUGUAUGUGACGGCCCUGGAGAGGAUCAAGGAGCUAGAACUGGAUCAAACCACUCUACAGAACCUGCUCCACAGCAUGCAGGACACCAGGAGCACCAUGACAGCCCUGAGUAGAGACACUGAGGCUGCUCUCAGCAGCAUGAGGCAGAUAACAGACCUGGUUAAAGAGGACCAGCAGAGCCUGGUUACACAGUAUGGUCAGAUGAAGUCCCUUUAUGAGAAGUGCAAGGAGACCCAGAGCAGGAUGGUGCAGAAGGUCAGAGACACCCUGCAGCAGAGAGAGGACAUGAGGAGACGGAUGGAGGAGGCUUUCACCGCCAAGGACGCAGCCUUCAGUGUAACUGAGCAGCUGAGGGCUCACUGUGCCGUGCGUAUCUCUGAGCUGCAGGAGAGUGUGGGAUCUCACCAGGAGCUGAUGGCUGCCCUGAACAAGACCUACCCAGAACAGGUUGCAUUGAACAAGGCCUACGUGGAAUCCCUCAACUCUGCAUCUGAGCUCUUGAGAGGAACCAUGAGCGAUCACGACAGUCUGCAUCAAGAGCUGAAAACAGCCAGGCAUCUCCUCCAGAGGACAACUCCUAUACUGGUGAAGCUGAAUGAGAAGGCAGCCAACGCUAUAGGAGAGAGAGACCAGCACCUCUCAGAGAGAGACCAAGCUGUGGAGGAGAGAGAGCAGAUCCAAGAGGAACUGGACCAAACCAACGUGAGUCUCCAAGAUGCCAGACAGGAGGUUGGGGACUUGAAUCUGCAGGCCACCAUCAUCAAUUCAGAGUUGGGUGUUCUGCGUCAGAAGCUGAGUGAGGGAGAAGAGGAGCGAGUUCAGCUGGAGAGGAAGGUCACGGAGCUGUCUGCCACAGUCUCAUCUACCCUGGCCUCCUAUGCCUUCCUAGAGCAGGCCCUGGCUGCAGAGUCCACCAAGUUGCAACAGUCAUGGCAAGAAGUCCAGCAAGCUACCGACAGGGCCAACCAGUUGGAGGGUGCGUUGGUCCAGUCAGAGCAGCGUGUAUGUGAGCUGUCCCAGGCUCUGGCCCACAGCGAGGAGCAGCUGAGCCAGCUGCAGAGCCACUCCCACAGCCAGAGCCUGCAGCUGCAGAAUCUCCAUGAAGUGCACGUGCAGCUCAACAGCAUGAUGGAGAUGAACGAGUUCCUACAGAUGGAGAAUGAUAUGGCCAGGGAGCAGGUGGUGGAGAGCGAGGGGACCCUCCGGGCUAACCUACAGGGGCUCAGGGAGAGAAACAUCCAGUGUGAGGAUCUGAAAGGAGCCCUCAGCCACCUCCAGGCUGAGAGGGAGGCUUUGCAGGCAGAGCUGGAGGACAGUCAAGCCAGAGCCCAGUCAGUCCACUUGGACCUGGUAGAGCAGCUAGCCCAGGCUGUUACUGACGUCACCCUGCUACACCACACACUGAGACGACUGACCAACGAUGUUCACACUGCUCUGACCACCAAGAAGCCAGAGGUCUGUGGUAAAGACGAGGUGUCCCAGCCCUCCCUCCAUGUUGAGCGUCAUCCCUCCACCUCCUUCGUGGACAGCAUCAUGGUGGCCAUCACCACUGACCUGGCGCAGGUCAAUGACACACAUCCCCCCUUAGACAUGACAGAUGAACCACAAGCUGAAGGGUUGGGCAGCGAGACCAGCGCCUUCACUCGCCUCGCACCCAUCACUCCUAAGAAGUGUCAGGUGGUGCCUCCAGAGGAGGAGCAGAGUAGCGUGGUGGAGCUGCUAGCAGACCUGGCUAACACAGUCUCUGAGCUCGGCUCCACCAUCACACAGCUACGACAGAGCAAGGACACCGAGCAGGAGGCACUGAACAAAACCAUCUGUGGGCUGCAGGGGGAGCAGGAGGCCCAGGCCCACAGACACAGGGCUGAGGUAUCCGAGCUGAGGGGCCAGCUGAGCAGUCUCCAGACCCAGCUAGGCCGGUACCAGGUGGCUCUACAGAACAAAGCCCAGGAGGUAGACACUAUGAAGAGGAUCUGCAGUGAAGUGGAUGAGGCCAGGGAGUUUCUUUACAAGCACAAAUCUGAGAACAAAGAGCUGUGUAGGGAGGUGGCAGACCUGCGCCGUUCACUGCACCAAUCACAGGUGGAGUCCCAGGCUCUAAGGGACGAGCUAAGAAAGACCGGCAACCAAUCAGCACACAGCAUGCAUUCCAUGGACGACAAGAUCCGCCUACUGAAAGAGGUGGAAAGACUAAAGAGGACUCUGUUGGAAGCUGAGGAAGGAAGAGCAAAGCUUCUGGAGAGAGCCAAGAGACAUCAAAUGAUCCACGACACCAACCAGAAGAAAGCGGAGAAGGAACUUCGAGUCCUUGACGAUAUGAUUGAUACGGUCAGAAAGACUUUGUCUUCUGUUCCUGACGUUAUCAAGCACUGCAAAGAACUCAAGACUCUAGUCGAAUAUCUUGGUUAAUGUCAUAUUAUAAAUGGUAGUUUUAACCAGUUCUGUUUAAUUUUUUUUUCUUAAACCUAUUUGUACAAAUAAAAAAUUCUGGUAACACGUC